AUGGAUGCGCUACUAGAGACUAUAAAUACAUCUAUAACUUCAUUGACCCAGUCGAUUGACGAUGGAACUUCAUUCAGCGAUGAAUCCAUCGCCAAGAUUCCAGAGGGUAUUUCACUAUUAGCACUGAAAAAUGAUACUAUGCUAUCAUAUCUCCAUAAUGUCAUUCUGAUUAUCGCUGGUAAACUAUCACUUGCAUCUACCGACGAUAAUGAGUCUGAGAAAGACGUUGCUGAAAUAAUAAGAAAGGCCACCGAGGCAUCAGUCACACAGAGAGUGGUGCUAGAAAAGGGAGUUAAAGGAUUAGAAACCAAAAUUGCAUAUCAGAUCGAAAAAGUUCUUCGAGCUCAUUCUAAACUGCAGCAAGAGGCAGAGCAGAAACAACAACAACUUGCUGAAGAUGAGGUUAAUGGACAAGCUGACAAAGAAGAAGAGGUCGACUCUGAUUCAGAUGAUGAUGCAUUAAAUUUCAAGCCCAACCCCAUGGCUUUGAAGGGAGCCAAUGACGACUCGGCCGAAGGAGAUAGACGCAACGGCAUUAGGUCCAAAGACCCCGCUAAAUCAUCAUCAUCCACUGAGAAAUAUAAAGCGCCAAAGAUUGCAGCGGUUACUCCAUUUUCCAAAGAACAACCCAAGGGCCGCAAACAAAGAAACUCUACUAUGGAAGAGUACAUUCGAGAAAUGUCUACAGCACCCCUGGCAGAGCCCUCAGUCGGAAGCACAAUCAUGGACAACGGACGAGGAGGAGAACGUACCGAGCGCGACCGUGCCAAGCAAAAAGAGGUCCAAAACUACGAAGAAGAGAACUACACUCGUCUCCAGGGACUAUCUCAGAAACAAGAAAAGCGGGCAGCUCGUCAAAGACAGCGAGACGCUUUCGGCAAGUCACUCUUCGGCGAGGACUGGAGCUUCCUGGACCGCAAGAGCACAAACUCGGGCGUCUCGUCAUCCAGCAAACGGAACAAACAAAGUUCCAGCGUCUGGGAGCGGACCAAAAAAAGACAGCGUCGUUAA